GAUGACCAGAGACUGCGGACAGUACAAGAGAUGACCAGAGACUGCGGACAUAGUACAGGAGAUGACCAGAGACUGCGGACAGUACAGGAGAUGACCAGAGACUGCGGACACAGUACAGGAGAUGACCAGAGACUGCGGACACAGUACAGGAGAUGACCAGAGACUGCGGACAUAGUACAGGAGAUGACCAGAGACUGCGGACAGUACAGGGGAUGACCAGAGACUGCGGACACAGCACAGGAGAUGACCAGAGACUGCGGACAGUACAGGAGAUGACCAGAGACUGCAGACAGUACAAGAGAUGACCAGAGACUGCGGACA